AUGGGAAAUCCCCAAAUCCCACUCCAGCUUUCUCACCUUCUCACCGCGCAAGCUUCUUCCCAUAGGCCUUAUCAGAGUCUCUCUCUUGCCCCAGAGGAUCCGCUCCAUACCUUCCUGGUUCAGGUAUUCCACCCAAGCCCUGCCAUCAUUUCUCAUCUACUUGAAGCGCUAUUUCCAACACUGUCUCAAGUCUUUGAUGGCACUCAUAUUCCCGCCUCACUGAAGAGGCUUCUAACAAUCAGGAUUCUCGAGCUGGACUAA